AUGAAAAGAUUAACCACUAGGUCAUCUCUUGCUUUAAAAUCCCUCCCAACCUCCCUUACCUUCUGUUUUUCAAAAACUGAAAAAGGUGCUAUGUCUCCUACAGGUGCUUCUCCUCAGAAGACAGGUUCCACAGAAGUUAUGAACAUCCCCUUUUACAGCCUCACCACAUUAAUCCUCUGCUAUUGGCUUCUGGAGGCCAGAGGACCAGGAUUCAGUGUCUCUGGCAAGCACAUUUUCGGAGACAGGAUAAAGGGAAGAACACCCACUACAUCUGUAUGUUUAUUCACGAAACAUUCAGAGAAGUGGGUGAGUCUAUCACUUCCAUUCAAAUGUGCUCAUGAGACAAUCACAGUAUGGAAUACUCAAACUUAUUUAACCUAUAUAUUCUUUCUAGAUAUCUAG